UGGAAUAAAGCGGAGUGAAGCGGUACUGCGAUCGGCCGGUCGGCGGCGACAGUGACGGGAGCAGCGUCGUGCAGUGCGGUCGAUCGUGUUUCGUUUCUUCGGCGGGGAAGAACGAUCGGCAGCUUUCGUUCGACGUUUACACCGUCACAGCGAUUCCCAGCUGGAUCGCGCACUCCGUUCCGAGACACGAAAGUUUCUCGCGGAAUUUUUCUAUUUUUGGAAGACUGGUGAAAAGAAAAUGCUUUUCAUCAUUGGCACGCACGCUAAACACUGAACACGCAAGACACUGUCUCGUUCACUAUCGACUUGUUCCUCAGAAUCUCCGAUUUCUGACACCGAAGGAGAGCGAGUCUCAGCACGUAAGUUUCAGCACGCUGAGCCCGGAACAUUGGAGAACUGAAGCGAUUCAGAUCCUGUCGAAUCCUCGUGACACGUCUGCAUCCAACAACGAAGUUCGCUACAAGAAUUUGAACCAACGAUUUUGAAAAAUGGCAGGAAAGAAGAAAGGCAACAAAAAAGUAAAGAAAGAGGAGAAGAAGAUCGUGGAUGAGUAUCAAUUACGUAGAGACCUGAGGGGGGCAAAGAUGACAAAGCCCACGGACCUGAUGCAGGAUACUGCGAUGCCUACGCAAGUCGAGCCACAAUAUUCCGAGAAUAUUAGGAUCGGUGGUAUAGAAGGAGGCGCUACACACUCCAUACUCAUAAUACUCGAUGGAAAAGGUGCGAAGCUAACAGAAGUUAAAGGACCACACACUAAUCAUUGGGUAAUUGGAAAAGACGAGACAGCUGCCAGACUCAGCGCGAUGAUAGAGAGGGGUAAACAAAUGCUAAAUAUACCGGAAAAUAUUCCUUUAGAUUGCGUAGCACUUACUUUAAGCGGUUGCGAGGAGGAAACCAUCAAUCGUGAGAUUGUGGAAACUUUGUUGAAAGAAUAUCCGCAGUCUGCCAAAGAUUACGUGAUUAGUUCAGAUACUCUUGGUAGUCUUAGGACUGGACUGGAAUCCGGUGGGAUCGUGUUGAUCGCUGGAACUGGCAGCAAUGCUUUACUCAUCAAUCCGGACGGAAAGAUUCACACUUGUGGAGGAUGGGGACACAUAAUGGGCGACGAAGGAGGAGCUUACUGGAUCGCCUAUCGUGCCUGUAAAUAUGUAUUCGAUGAUAUUGAUGGAUUCAUCGAAGCACCAGAAUCAAUAAGUUACGUUUGGCCGGCAAUGAGAAGUUAUUUCAAUGUGACUGAUAGACGCAGUAUAUUACAAUACGUGUAUGCAAACUUUGACAAAAGCUUUAUUGCCGGUUUCGCCAAAGAAGUUGCAAUCGGCUGCGAGAGGAGCGAUCCACUGUGCCUGAAAAUCUUGGAGGAAGCUGGACAACUUCUGGCGAAGCAUAUUAUCGCUGUUUCGAAAAAGGCGCAUAAUGAUCUUAAACUGGCUCACGGCGGUUUAAAGGUGAUCUGUGUCGGAUCCGUAUGGAAAUCGUGGAAAUUUAUGAAAAAUGGUUUCAUAAACGAAAUCCACAAUAGGAAUGUUGUGGACGAGUUGAGUUUACUGCACUUGACAACAUCAUCGGCAUUAGGCGCCUGUUAUCUAGCCGCAGAGAAGAUUAAUUGUCCGUUCGUCAAGCCAUAUGAUAGCAACGUCGAGACUUUUUUUCAUUACAAGCGCGAUCACUAUCCGGAAACGCAAAAGACAGAACAUUCGAUAGAAUUACAAAAUCAUACGUCUGUCUACAAUAGUGCUCAGGUUGGAAACGAAGAAAGAACAUGAUAAGAUAUAAAUAAAUAAGAAAAUUUUGAAAAAAAAACGCUAGCGUUUUUUAGUCAGUGCUGAAAUACGUUAUCUGCAAAUAUUAUAAAAGUAACAAAAAUAA